AAGACGGAACAGACGUGGCAUGAAUAUCAAAAUUAAUAAAAGGAACGACAGAAAUAGAUAAGAUUAACAGAAAGAAAAGCUUUCAAGAAGAAUUCGAAAACCGAUUCAUGAAACUUCCAACGAAAAUGUUCUCCGUCUACUCAUCUACAAUCAAACUCAAUUCCCCCUCUCUGUCUAUCCCACCCCCUCCCUCCUUGCAAUUCAAUUCCCGAUGUUUCAUUUCCUUGAAGAAUGCGUCAUUUUCGUGUAGUUUCGUUUCCACUGGAAAAGAACAACAACGCCGUCUCUGCGCUGUCUCUGCUUCUAAAUCGGAAAAUGAAUGCACCGAAUCAUCUUCUCAAGGAGAUGAAUCGUUUUUAAGGAGUGUAUUGUCGGGCAUGGAAACCGUUUAUUUGAACAGGAAUCCGACGGCGAAAGCUGUAUUGGAGCUGGUUCAGUCGGUUGACGGGGAGAGAAUCUGCUAUGAUCAUGUUGCGUUCAGGACAUUUGGGGUGAAUGGUCACGGAAUUGAUUCAAUGGCAAGUAUUUUCCUGGAUUAUGGAUAUACACAGCAAGAGGAGCUUAGAUUUCCUGCGAAAAAAUUGAAAGCGCUGUGGUUUGCGCCGCCUAGUAGUGCAGUUUCUAAGUCUGGCUCCGGCAGUGGUAUUAAUGGACCUCUGCCGAGAGUUUUCAUAUCGGAGCUUCUUGUAGAUCAGAUGAGUCCACGAGCUCAGGAAAUAAUUAAAAAAUAUAUUGAAAUAUCUGGUAGCGGAUGUAAAUAUGCUGCUCUGGCAAGUGCUUUAGGUUCAUUGACAUGGAAGAAGCCCUUGUAUUCUGAGUUUCAGCAAUUGGCAAGGGAGAGUGAAUAUGCUGCCUGGACACUUGUCAAUGGUUAUGCUCUGAACCAUGUUACCAUUUCCACUCAUUGGCUGAAAUCUCAAUUGAGAAGUAUCAAAGACUUCAAUAAGUUCAUUGAAGAGAAUGGAUUCAAAUUAAAUUCUGAGGGGGGCAUUCUGAAAGUGAGCCCCGAUGGCCUUCUGCUACAAAGUUCAACUGUGGCGGAUACAAUAGGUUUCAAAUUUUCCGACGGUGUCACUGAAUCAGUUCCUUGUUCAUACAUUGAGUUUGCUGAACGCCUUGUGUUGCCACAAUAUAAAAAUUUACCAGAGGAAGAGGUUAAGGAAUUCCACAGGCGAGAUGGGUUUGAAGUUGGAAAUGCUGAUAAGAUCUUCGAGAGCACAUCCAAAGAUCAACUGACACGGAGGGCUACAUGAGAUGCAUUACACGUAUGCCAAUCACUUAGUGCCUUAAGCCUUGAGGCUCCACCGUGGGCGGUCUUCAAAGCCAGGAUGCUACACGUGUAUAUGUGUAAGCAACAUAUAAAUAAAUUGAUAAAAAAGAAAUGCACUUGUAAGCUGCAUGUAUACAUAAUGCUCAGAGCAACGUACUUCUUUCUUUCUGUCACCAAAUUUGUGAAUAAUAGUUCUACGCGGAGAAGACUGGAAUUUGAUACAUUUCAUUCUUUAUAUAAAUGGUCUUUUACUUUCUAUAAAAGUGAUCUUUUAUUUCUCACACAAGUGAGAAGACAAA